AUGGAGGUGAACCAGGCAAGUUCCGGCGCAGGCGGGGGUUCUGGGGAUAUGGCUACUGAACGGACAGGUACGGCGGUGGAUGGGGGGCUUGUAGACCCGACGCUUGCGCUGGGCCCAACACUGCCAGCCAACAAAGAAGUGCGGAUCCAGCUGGCACUACAGUACUUUCGGCAGCAGCAGCGGGGCAACGUGCCGCUGGAGGCUGAGAGCGCAGCAAACAACGCUGCCGUCAAUGGCCUGCGUCCCAAGCAGUCGCUGAGGCAGAUCGCGAUGUUUUUCCAGAUCCCAAAGUCGACACUGUACGAUAGGCUGAAAAACAGCGCCAAGAAGCAGCGCGCGGUGGUGCCAGCAAAGGUGGUGCCGCCCAGCAAGACGCGGACGGCUGUAGCAAACAGCCCGACCAAUGUGAGCCACCUGAUCCAGAUGAAGCUGGAUCCCACUGUGGAGGAGCGGUUAUUUCUGUAUUUACGCAAGGUAUGUCUGGCUUACGGGAACCUGCCGAACUUGGUGCAACUGAAGUUCCUCGUCUCACAGGAGAUAAAGCACAUCACGCUUGGCCGCAAGUGGGUUUCCAACUUCAUUAAACGGCAUAGUGAGCGUAUUAUAUACGGUUGGGACGUGUUCCAUAACCCUAUCAAAUUCGAGGAUUUCAAAAAAUGGAAGAACCAGUUCACAUUCCUAUGGGUUUGGUUCGUCCCAAUGUUGCAGGAUAUGCUACGCAAGUGUAUGGAUAACGGCGACGACGUUUACUAUCUGGUACGCGUUCCCAUCUCCUACGAAAUGCUUGCAAGCUGCUUCAUUUGUUUCAAGAUCGAGCCGGAGCUCCGACUUACGCUGGCGUUUGAACCGGUGGUCGUCACUUUCCGCCACAAUAACACGAACAUGAUGCAUAAAGAGGCCCGCAUCAAGACCCUUAACAACACACUGUACAAGUGCUACCAGCAGAUUCCAAGUUCUGCCAAACUCGUCAUAUUUGAGGGCUUUAAUGAUCAAUACCGAUGGGACUUCGAGGACUGUAUCCGUCUGGUCAACCCAGACAACUUUGUGUCCCUUCCCUGGGAUAGGCACAUACUAACAAAGCUCAUUGAGUUUGGGCCCGAAUUAGUCCGCAUGGAUGAUCCGAACACUGUAAAACUCUCCUGGAACGAAACACACUUCCGGCUGCAAGAUAUUGCGAACGAAUUAAAACUCUUCAUGGCCCAGAGUAACGAAGCUGUUGCCUCUGGUGUCAAUAUCCCUGCCCUCCCAGAUCAACCGGUCGGAUCCGCCGACGCAGGCACCCGCGCAAUCGACAUAGAACUCCAUGGAUCAACUAGCAUGGAUGACGGUGACUCACCAGACGAGGAUGAUGACCCGGACUCCGCCGCUGCAGAUGUUGCUGUCGCUAUUCUGGGGCAUUCGCCUCCGCUGGAACGAACGCCAUCCGCAGAACGCGCAUCAACAGAUCCGCAGACUAUGCAUGCCCAAUUGAAGGCGUUGGUGGCUACCAUUGAUGACCAUGAGCCACAGCUUUAUAACAAUAUGGCAGAUCCCGCAUCAAAAGUUCUACUGAAUAACAUCUUCAACCGUCUUCGAGCCAUGGUGAGUGAUGAUGCGUCCUAG